AUGCCAGGUCGCCGGCAUGCACAGCCAGCUACUGCCAUGCCUGCUGCUGUCCCAAUCCCCGCCAUUCCCAUCCCUGCUGUUCCCAUCCCCACUGUUCCCAUCCUUGCUGUUCCCAUCCCCGCUGUUCCCAUCCCCACUGCUGUUGGUUCAAUUGCAAAUACACUUAUGAAACCUCGUCAAAAUCGCCAGCUCCCUCGCAGAUAUCAGAAUAAUGCUUCAAUCCACGCUGACCCCAGUCAUGCUCAACCUAUGGCUGAUGAAGGGGAAAUCUUCAAUCUUGACGAUAUCUCUGAUGAUGAUGAAGAGGAAGAGGAUCACCCACCUGCGCCUAGAGUUAUGGCUCCCACAGUCCCUAGCCCGCUUCAGACGGUCAUUAACAGCCCAUAUCCCACACAAACUGAUCUCUUGGCUACCGGUGGUCUCACAAGAAAGGCUAAAGACUGCAUCCAACUACUGGGCGUAAUGUUUGCAUACUUUGCGAACAACUAUAUGAACUUGACACAACAUACAAGCCAUCAUACCAUCCUUUACUUGGAGGAGGCAGGGUGCCAUGGUUGGCCCAUACAGAUCAAGCCUCUAAACGCUCUUCUUGAGCAAGGAUGGACGGUCAUGACGAUACAUGAAAGGCUCAGGGAUCUGUCUUGCACAAUGGAUUCACUUGGAGACAUCCCUAAUCGUGAUGACAUACUGCUUGGAACCAAGCAGUCAGGUUCUCUGAAGGAUGAGAUACCCAACUUCACUGUUGACGAGAUGCAUCAACAGCUUGUGAGGCAAUCAACAUUGUGGAAUGUCCCAAAUUUCAACGUUUGA